GAAGAGGAAGGUGAUGGUUCGUCUUCAAGUGAAGAUUCAGAUGAGGGCGAAGAAAGUGAGGAAGAAGAUGAAGAGGGAUCACAAGAGGAUGAGGAGGAAGAGGGGGAUGACAAAGAAGAGGAGACCGCAGACCCCGGCAACAUCAUCAAAGAAGGUUCCAACGCAGCGGAAGAUUGUCAAGGUGUGUCGCACAAAAAAGACUGGGACACCUUCAGUCGCCAGUGCGAGAAUCGCAAGAAGUUCCCUGUCAGCCUGACUUCACACCUGCAGCGCGACAAAACAGACCUCUUCAACAUCUGGCUCGAAAGCGGGAAGAACUUGGAGCAGCUUCUCGUUUUGAUUUUGUUCAAGAGCAUUUUGGUAGCGCUGGUGGUUGAAAGGCGAGUGGAGGGCAUCAAUCGCUUUCGCUCAGGGCGAGAGGGGAUUAAGGCAAGGGACAUUUUCAAGAAGUAUCCCAAGGACAAAGCGGAGAAACUGAUCUCUUUACUCAAGCAAAAGAAGAUGUGGUACUGGGACGAAGACUUCCCGGGGGACGACGAGGAGAUCUACUAUUAUUGCGGGCGUGCUAAGCGCAUCGAACAUGAAGAUAUCACCGCGGAGCAAAUGAAGUUGGUGGGGAAGACCAACCCGGAUCACGCUACCCUUACUGCCCUGACUGACGAGAACGGCCCUCUCCAUCAGGGCGCACUUCCUGGUGUAGACGCUGCCGACGCCGAUGGUGAGAAGUCCUUGUGGGAGACAGAAGAUGGCGCUUUCCCUCAAGCACGUGGAUUAUGGGGUGAGCUCAAUGCCCAGCUGAUGACCUUUUCGAGCAAGACUGAAUCCCUGUACCAUGACCUUCAAGAGCUCAUGAACCAAAAGGUUCUGAGCGAACCCAAGAUCAAGGGCUUGCUCGGUCAGUGCAAGGAACAGCUCAAUUGGUAUGAGAAGGCUAAGGCAGCUGGGAGGGCUAUGCUUUCUGGAUUGACGGACAAGAAGAGGGGCAAGGCUAAGGCAAAAGCGAAAGCUUCUGCCAGGAGGGGUGACAAGAAAACCACCGCUUCUUCUGCGUAG